AGGUUUGCACCUGACCUGACUGAUACGCCGUGAACACGGAAGUGUAACUAUCUGUUGCCUUUAGAUUCAGUCAUUCAUCAGCGCAAACCAACAUGAGUGUGUCAAAUAUAGUCUUUGUCGGGCUUGUGUCUUUAUUAGUCCCUGCUUUGGCGCUGGAUAAUGGCCUGGCGUUAACUCCGACCAUGGGCUGGUUGCAUUGGGAGAGAUUUAUGUGCAACAUCGACUGUGAUGCGGAUCCUCAGAACUGUAUUAGAGAGGAGCUGUUCAUGGAGAUGGCAGAUGUGAUGGUGAAGGAGGGAUGGAAGGAGGCUGGAUAUGAGUUUGUGUGCAUUGAUGAUUGCUGGCCCUCGCACGAGAGGGACGCUCAGGGGCGUCUUCAGGCCGACCCAAAGAUGUUUCCCAGUGGGAUCAAAAAGUUGGCUGAUUAUGUGCAUGCCAAAGGUCUGAAGCUGGGAGUAUAUGCAGAUGUUGGCAAAAACACAUGUGCAGGCUACCCUGGGAGUUUAGGAUACUAUGAUAUCGAUGCUAAAACCUUUGCAGACUGGGGUGUGGAUCUGUUGAAAUUUGACGGAUGUUUCAUGCCUGACUGGCAUCAGCUGGGAGAAGGUUAUAUGAACAUGUCGAGAGCUCUAAACCAGACAGGCAGAAGUAUUGUAUACUCCUGUGAAUGGCCAUUAUAUGAGUGGCAACACCAACAGCCUGACUAUGAAGCAAUUCGCAAGACCUGUAACCACUGGCGUAACUAUGGAGAUGUGUAUGACCAGUGGACAAGUGUGACGGGCAUCCUGGACUGGACGGCUGAUCAUCAGAAGAUCCUGGUCCCAGUGGCAGGACCAGGUGGAUGGAAUGACCCUGACAUGCUGGUCAUAGGGAACUUCGGCCUGAGCCACGAUCAGCAGCAGACUCAGAUGGCCUUGUGGGCUAUCAUGGCUGCCCCGCUUCUGAUGUCCAACGACCUGCGAAACAUCUGUCCCAAAGCCAAAGAACUACUGCAGAACAAAUACAUCAUUGCCAUUAACCAGGACCCUCUGGGCAAGCAGGGCUAUCGUACAUUAAAGGCUGAUAGUUUUGAGGUGUGGGAACGGCCCUUGUCUGGCAACAGGCUGGCCGUGGCAGUGAUGAAUAGACAGGAGAUUGGUGGUCCACGCCGAUUUACCAUUUCUGUGGCAACGCUGCCUAGUUGGCAGCUCUGCAAUCCGAAGUGCAACGUAACGCAGAUCCUGCCCAUGUACCAGGAAAUGGGUGUUCAGAAUCUCUUGUCAAAUGUGAUGGUCCAAGUCAAUCCUACAGGCACGACACUUCUCACUGUCAACCCUAUCAAAAGCUAUACAUGAAGACAUGAUUUGCAAAGCAAAACGAUA